AUGGUGGACGUUCCUGACCAUCUGGUGCUGCUGGUUCUGGAAGCAGCGUCUAAGCCAAAUGGACUGCAGCUGCAGAGUUGGGUUCUGCACGGCUUCCUCCCCGGUGACCUGCAGCAAGCUCAGAGCCUCCAGGAGACCCAGCACAAGCCCAACAGAGUUUUUCUUCUGGAGCUGACAGAUGACGUCUGUCUGGAGAGAAUCACUCUCAGGGCUACAGAUCCAGUCAGUGGCGUGAGGUUCCACCCUGUAACCAGACCGACUCCAAGCUGUGUGGUGCAGAGCAGACUGAAGACCAGACCCGAGGACAGCACACACACUGUGACGCAGGCUCUGGACCAGUACAGGAUUCACUCUGCUGCUCUACAGGUAAACACACGUUUAGAAUCUUGA